AUGGCAUCAACCGAGGACGACAGACAAGUGCGGAUCUCCAAGAUCGCUGGCCGGUAUCUCGUCUUUGAUAUUGACGACGUUGCGUAUAUCCGCCGCCAGCAUGGCAUCUGCGCCGUGUUCACGGGCACCAUGCCGCAGAAUCCCACUCAGAAUGUCUUCCUAGGAUUGCCGCUGGAGCUGUAUGCCGAGGAUGCCAAGAUGCUUUUGGACAGGAAGGUUGCCUACAUUGCCGAUGACCCUUUGGAACACUUUAACAAGUUGAAGUCGAUGGGUGCCGAGACGCGCAAGUCGUACCUGCAGUCCAUCAAGACGCAGCGGAGAACUGCCCAGCUUGUGUUCGAUGAGGCCAAGGCGCAGUCUCAGGCCAGGCACAAGGACAAGCGCAAGCCCAAACAACCACCUGUUGUCGUGCCCACUGAACUGCCGCCUGCACCUGUCGCCGACAAUACCGCCGUAGAGCAGGAAGAAGGAGGAGAGGAGUCCCUCUUCGAGUCAUCAUCAUCCAAGCCAGUCAAGACGGCGCCGGUUGCGCUCCAAAAGCCACCGGUCAAGGAGAAACUGCCUGCACUCACCCCCACCACCAGCAAUGCCAUGAUUCACAACGGGACAAGUAAUCCUGAUGUAGAGAACCACAAUGUGCUGCCGUUGUAUUCGUACUUGAACGAGAGGGGAUACUUCAUCACUCCAGGUCUGCGCUUCGGUGGCGACUUUAGCGUUUACCCCGGCGACCCGUUCCGCUAUCAUGCUCAUUAUAUGGCGAACAGCUAUGGUUGGGAUGAGAAGAUCCCCAUGUUGGAUCUCGUCACCAGUGGUCGUUUGGGAACGGCUGUCAAGAAGAGUUUCCUCAUGGGAGGACAGAAACCGGCGACUGAUGAUAGUGAAGCUGGCGAGCUGAGGGCGUUCUGCAUUGAGUGGGCGGGCAUGUAG